AUGCCUAAAUCAAAGCGAGAUAAGAAAGUGUCCCUCACGAAGACCGACCGAAAAGGUCUGUCCAACAAACAACAGAUCAUCGAAGAUAUACAACAAUGCCGGGAGCAGUACGAUAACAUAUUUCUGUUUUCGGUGCAAAAUAUGCGCAACAGUAAGCUGAAAGAUGUACGAACAGAGUGGAAGAACUCAAGGUUCUUCUUCGGCAAGAAUCGUGUGAUGCAGUUAGGGCUGAAGUUGAUCAACGACGAUGAGAACGAUCAGAACGAUGAGUCCAUAAGGCUGGAGAAGGGUAUGGAGCGGCUGCGAGGAAAGAUGAUCGGACAGUGCGGGUUGCUGUUCACGUCGGAGAGCAAGAAAUCGGUGCUGGAAUGGUUCGAUUCGUACCAGGCCGAAGAGUUCGCCCGUGGUGGCUUCCGGGCGACCAAAACGGUCAAACUGAAGCCGGGUCCGCUGAAGGACUUUUCGCAUGCGAUAGAACCUCACCUGCGGUCGCUAGGAAUGCCUACGAAACUGGACCGCGGAAUUGUGACGCUGUACAAAGAAUACACAGUGUGUGAGAAGGGUAAGCUACUCACGCCGGAACAGGCCAGGAUUCUGAAGCUGCUUGGCAAACCGAUGGCAACGUUUAAGGUGAUUAUUAACUGCUGUUACACGAAGAAGGACGGUUUCGAGGUGAUCAACAAGAGAGACAUUGAGGUGACGAAAAAGACGAAAAAGCCAGUGAAGGUUUCGGAUUCCAAGGGUAAGAAGAAAUCGGAAGAUGCCAUGAGUGAGGAUGAGGACGACGAUGAAGAGGAGGAUGAUGAAGCGAUGGAACAGGAUGACGAUGAGGACGCGGAUGAUGAGUAG